GAGGUACGAGAACUUCUGUCGGGCUACCUGGUCCACAGCGUCCAGCUACAGCCCUCCAACGGGUCGGCGCGAGUCCUCCUGGCCGAGCCGGAGGUCCUGGAGACGUGGGCGAAGUCCAGCCAACAUACCCUCAGGGGUCACAAGGUCACCAUCUCGCCCUCCAACACAGAAGGACUCCUGUGCGUCGCCAGGCUGCCCGCCGGCUACACCGAGGAGGAGUUCGGGUCCCUCGUCGCCUCCUUCGGCGAGGUGUCCUACUGCUUCCUCAUGAGAUCCGAAAAGACAGGUGAAAGUAAAGGCUACGGCUUCAUUGAAUACGUAACCAAGGAGGUUGCCCUCCAAGCUAAGUCUCUGCUUGAUGGCCGUGAGCUCAUGGGAAACAUCCUGGUUUGUGACUGGUUGGAUCCAAGUCACGUGACCUUUGCGUCACUUCAUUCCACCUGUCUGUAUGUGGACCAGCUUCCCAAAGACUACAGGGACAUGGGUGAAUUCAGAAGAAUCUUCAGCAAAGUGACCAAUCCUCCUUACUGCCAGAUUGCCAUGCGCAACGGAGCCCUACAAGACUGGGGUCUGGUUGAAUUUACAAAUUGGGAAGAAGCAGAAGAGACCCAGACCUCACUCAAUAACUACCAGUUACGAGGCCACAACAUUAGGGUGCAGUAUUGCAUACCAGGAGUCCGAGCGAUUAACAUCUAUAUGAAGAUAUUGAAUGACCCGGGUCUGAAAAAGAAAUCGGCAUUGUUGCCAGAACCUCCAACAAAUAAAGUAUUCUCACAGCUACAGAAUCUCACCAAACACAACCCUGCAUUUGCUACCAGCCUGCAAAACAUCAUAUUGACCCAAAUACAAAAUUUAGGCGGUGGGAGAGGAGAGGGGGCAGGGCCACCUCCCCCUUCAGGGCCUCCAAGAGGAGCAAAUAGGCCUCCUGCAAUACGUCCUCCUCAGCCUCACCCUCCACCACCUCCAUCACCCACUACGUCAGCAAAUGGUCUGAACAGCAAUGCCCAGGCAGCUUUAGUGAUUCUCUUAGCAGCUCAGAUGCAAAUGCAACAGCAGCAGCAGCAACAGCAACAGCAGCAGCAGCAACAGCAACAGCAGCAGCAACAGACGCAACAACAGCAACAGGCACAGCUGCAGCAGGCAAGCACAAAUUCUAACCUUUUGGCAAGUCCUCAUGUACUUGGUCUUCUUCAGUCACUGGUUCAGCAAGGAGACCCACAAUCCCCCCAGACAGUAAACCCAUCAGAAGGCAGGAAUGGAUACCCAUCGAGUAAGGUCCAAAAUAAUGGAACCAGUUCUAUGAAAAGCAGCUACAGAAAUGGGUUUACUAAAAAUGGCACCAAUAAGGCUACAAAGGGCCCACUACUUCCAACCCCUGGUUCAGGGCCAUACAAUGGAGGAUCCUGGGAAGAAGAAGCUCCAGCUGUGAAUGGUGUUGAAACUGAGAGCAGCUUGGGCCCAUUUCUCUCUGGCCUUUUAACCAGUUUGCCUGGGCUGUCAGUUCCCAAAACGACAAAAGAUGACCUGCAGGGGACUAUUUCAACUCUGCUUUCAAAUGCACAUAACUUGCAACAGUUACUGGGGUCUUUAUCACCAGGAGAACAAGCACCUGCCCCACCACCCUUAACCCUUACACAUACCCACCCAACAAUGGUACCUACAGCCCAUCCACCUAUGGUAUCUGCUGCACUCUUGCCUCCACCCCCUCCCCAUAUCACAACAACUGCUCCACCACCACCUUACCCAUCCAGUCAGCUGAUGUCUAUGUUGUUGACUGCAGCUGCCCAACACCCAAAGCCUGCCCUGCUUGGUGAUGGCCCAGUUCGUCAUGACCAUCCCAGCCAUUACUUGCCCACCCAUGUUGCUCCCCCUCCCCCAACAAUGGACCAACCCCCACCCCCUCCACCAGUAUCUUCCGCCCCAGCCUUCAUAUUUGCUUCCCCGGUUUCAUCUAGAGUAAGUACUACCUGGUCUCCUCCUCCCAUGGCACCCCCCCCUGCCAUGUUACAGCCUCCUGUGCUUCAUCCAUCAGCUCUGCACCACCACCCCAGGCUCCUUAACCCCCUGUACCUAACUCCUGCUAAGGGAAUGGGACCCCCUCCACACACUUUCGUCCCUCCUGUAGGAUUUUCUACUCCACCAACUGGUCAGAAGCGCAAGUCAAAUCAUAUUCUUCCUUCCCCAGAGCCCAGUCCAGAGAAUGGCUAUGUUGGACAGCAUUCCCAAGGCCUUGGUGGUCAUUAUGCAGACUCCUACCUCAACAAGAAGCUGAAGAAGCACUGAAUUUGAAUCAAGAAUUAUUGUUUAACUUUUAGUUAGACUGUAUUUACAGUCUCAAAGAAAUCCAAAAUUUAAACAAAAUUAUGAGCCUGGUUUGGAACUUUAUUUUUUUUGGUGCAUUCAAUUUUUCUGUGAAGGACAAUUCACAUAUUAUCACAAGAAAGCAUACUUACGGUAUUUACUUUUUUAAGCCCUAACACUCAUUUGGUGUUACAUAAGGCUCCUGUUACAGAAGAAAUACAGUAGUAUUUUCUGGAAGCUAUUUUCCAGAUACAGUACUGUACUUUUUUUAUCACCAUUUAAAAAUAGGUUUGUAUCAACUACAAAAAAAAAAAAAAAUGUAUUUUUGCCUAAUCCUGUGUUCAGAUUUUUUCUCCAGGGUUUACCAGUUUAAAGCCCACUGUUUUAAUACAAGUUGGGACCACUUAUUAUAAUUAUUAUUAUAGAAUGUGAUGGCUUGGACGGUUUUGGGAUGGGAUGGGCAUUACAGAAGUAUCCAAGUAUAUAUUGUGAAUUCUUAUUUAGUUUUUAUUAUAUUUAGAUAUAUAGAAAAGAUAUACUAUACCAUAUCGUAUGUACACAAAGCAGCUGCGAAUUCCUCUAUUAUGAUACAAUAGUAGUUAUUGAAGAAUUCAGUAUACAAAGUACAGUAUAUAAUUAAAGUAUAUCAAAAAUAUACAAAAUAGAACUGGUGUAGCAUCUACCGUUUACACAAAACAAAGUGCCUUUCAGAGCAAGAAUAGUCAAUAUUUUAGCUGCUUUUUAAUUUAUUCAGAUUUUUUGUGAAUAACUGACUUUGAUGAAAUUUUGUAUGAAGUCUUAUUUUCAUACUGGUGUAUUAAAGGGGGUGGAAUUUGGUGGACUUGUAUAAAGUAAUAUUCACAUAGUUGCUGGUUUGGGGACUAGCAGAUGUUUGUUGUAAUGGAUUUGGAUAUUUUAGAAGUGUUAGUUUUUAUUAUCGAAGCAUGACAUGUCAAGCUUUUCAUCCUCUUGAUGGGACGCUGCGUCUCAUUCCCAUCUAUCGAUUAUCCUGCUGGAGUUUGUAUGCAUAUGAAGUGUACUGCUACUGUACUACCCUAGUUUAAGGGCAUUAGGUAUUACUAUGGAUUCAAAGAAAAGACUCUGGAGCCAAUAGGCAUUAUAUUAUAUAUAAUAACUUGUAGUUGAGCGUUUGAUUAGUUGUUUUUGAAAACACAAAUGCACUAGUCCGAACUCCUGGAACAUUGCUGAAGAAUAGUUUCUACACUGGUAGGGGAGACAGGACAUCAGAGUUUGUCAGUCUGUGUGGCAAUAUGGUGUGUGGCAAUAUGGUUCAAAAUAACUUAUUAAAUUAAUAAAGUGGUUUCUGUGUUGGAAGUGGUGGAAACGCAACAGUAGAGUUUGCUUAUUCGUGGCAUUAUCAGUCAAAUCAACUCUUGAAACGCUGUGACUAUAAACUCUUCAAAAGCUAUGUACUUUUUAACUGUAGUCUCUUUUUGCCAAGUUUCAUUUAAUUUAAUUGUAACCUUAACAAGAAAUUACUGGUUCCAGUUUUUCUGUAAAGUGCAAUGAAAGGUGGGUGGAUCGCGAUACAUUUUAUAUAUAUAUAUAUGUAAUAUAUAGUAUAUGUAUGUAUGUAUAUAUAUAUUAUGUACUACAUACACACUCACACAUUGGAAGCCUCGGGCAGUGGUGAAUAUUUUAUUUAUUUAAUUUUUAAAGGUACUAUUUAUAAUGCAGGUGUAUGUUCACAGUGUGUAAUUUGAUGUAUGACCAUUGAUGGUUGAAUUCUUUUACAGAAUCAUGAUGUGUCAAAAUUGGAAAGGGUUUUUAGAUAUAUGAUAGUUUAAACGACUGCUGUAGACUCCUUAGGCAUUAUUCAAAGAAAAAACAUGACAUGUUAGGUAGAUUGUGAAGAAAGAGUAUUUGAGACAUGAUUGUUUUGGAUUGUCAAAGUUGGUGACUUUAUGUAAACACAAAUUUAGAUUUUAGUAUUGCAUCUUCUCUCUCUGUCCCUAAAUAAGGCAUUAUCAACAUAUCUGUUGGUGGAGCUACAAAGUUUUCAACUGUAAAUAAUAUAUUUUAGUGUGAGGUAGCUGCAGAGGUUUAAAUUGUUUAAGAAUGUUGUUUUUCAUAUCUAAAUUCAUUAGUUUUUUUAUUUUAAGUAUUGUGGAAGAACAAUGACUUACCUGUUGGGCAGAGCCACUGUUACUGCUCCAAAGGAAGCCAUGCUUUGCAAAGUUCCCUCUCUUAUUGGUUGUGUUUUAUCUGGGCAUGGAAAACUUCAGGGAACACAGUGAUUCAUUUGUCACUGCAUGACAGGUUUUAUUGAUUUCUGUAAGUUUUCAUCAUUGUUUCUUAGGAUUUAAUUUAUUAUUGUAAUACUGUUUAAGCCAAAAUUGGGCACAUUGCAGUUAUGUGCAUGUAAUAAUGUAUAACAUUUAGGUUUGGGAAUUCUCUUCAGAAAUUCCAUGUAACAGCAAAAUGUAUGACUGGUCAGUCAGUGGUUCAGGAUGUUCAAUUACAUGAAAGCACGCUCAUGUAAUCACUGGCUGAGAGCAAGUUGCUGAGUGGGGUACUGGGCAUUAUUAGUGAUAAAACGUUAUGCAAAGUUAGUUGUAAAUAGAUAUUUUUUCCUUUUUUACCAAUUGAUUUCUGCCUGUUUUCAUCAUAAUUCUAACAGAAGUAGUAAGUAAGCUGAAUCUUUUGUACGAUUUCACAGUCUGCGUUUCCAUACUGUUUCAUUUCCUGCGAGUUGCCUCUAGUGACAGUUGUGCAGUGAUUAUGUAAGGCAUUGUGAGAAAGUUCUGAUAUAUAGAUGUAAACAUGAGGAAUCUUUAUAUUGUAAUUGCCUAUUGUAAGUGAUAUGGGAGGUACCUUUUUCCUUGCGGCUUUAACAUUUCAUUAGUCUUUUGCUUUUUGUGUUCUCUCUGCGCUGUCUUACAAAUCACGCAUGUAGUAGUGGUAGUAUAUUGGCUUCAUUUCAGUGUAGUGGCUUUCUUCAUAUAACUGUUGUCUUCCUUCCUCCCUUCCCCGAUAUACACACUACCGUGGUCACCAUUCAGAACGGCUUACAAAGGCUGGAGAGCAUUUUGCUCAUUUCCAUAGGGACUUACAAACUUUUUUCAUCCCGCUUAGGCUUUAAUGCCCAGUAAGGGUGGGCUCUUUAUGGCAGAAGCAAUUGGAAUUAGGGUUUGUAAUUACGGUAUAUGGAAAUUAUCUUAAAUUUAGUGUGCAUCAGACAAUCAAGAUUGACUCUUCCCCUCUUUAAAAAAAGUUUUUUGCUGAAAUUUCUACAGAAGUGGCUAUAUUGCAUUUUUCUAUUUUCUCCUCCUUGAUCAACAAAUCCAGCCUGAUUACAGUAAAUAUGAAUGAUGACCCUCAUAAACACGGCCUUGCUUAACUAUCACAUCUAUUUUUAUGUUAACUUUUAAAGUUUUAUAGAACAAUAUUUUCAUUUUUUCUUUCCGUGGCAUGUGUCUAUUUAUAAGUCGAAACCAGGAAUGCCUUUUAUACUCUCCUCCUUCACUGUCUUUCCAAGAAUUUCCGGAUGAAUAAAUACGACUUUGCCUAAAUCAUUUUUAAGAGAUUUGUCUGUACCUUAAACACACCUUCAGCUGCCACAGUGCCCAGUUUGAUAGUAGUAUUAAUAUUAAUGACGAUAUAAAAUAAUGCUAUAAAUAAAUGAAGUCAAGGAGGCCUUCAGAUUUUCUCUAGUUUGAUGAACUAUUCAGGCAAGGUGUGCCUAAGGGUUAGACUUUGUUUUCCUUUGAUUUUCUUUUCUGUUUCUGGGACUUUACUAAUAGUUGUGAAUUUUCAAUGGGUGACAUUUCUGCAUUUCCUUCUGUAUUCACAUCACUUCAUGGCUUGUAUGCACUCUGGUUUAUUUUUAGAACAAGUCCUUUUGUCUUUGUCUUUCUCCUGUGUUGAAAAGGGGGUCACCUUUGCUUCGACACUUACUGUGGUGUAGUCAGUGAUAUUGAGACUUGCACCCAACUUAUAAAGGCUUCUUUUAUCAAGGAAAUUGACUAUCUAAAAAGUUUUUAUUCAAGGUAAUAACCGAAUUUUGAUCCCCCAUAGCCCCAUAUCCUAUUCCAUCAGUGAAAUUUAGUAUUUAUUAAUUUGUUUAACCGUAUCUCUAUCACAUGUUCAUUGACAGGCAUUUUUUUUAGACCAAGGCUCUAAUAGUUUCCAUUGUGGAAAAGAAAUAUAUUUAAUAUUUUCACAGUUGCCUUAAUUAAUUUUGUUUUUCAUUUAGCUAAGCUGAGAUCCAUAUGAUGUAAACAAAAAUUCUCUGACAUUGACUACUUGAUGAGAUGGAUAGUUCAUCAUUCUGGACUAUUUUAUGAGAUAGUGUACCAUUCAUCACUCUAGUAUGUGAAUGAAUAGUUCAUCAGUAUUGCUUUCUGCAAGACAUCCCUCAGACACAAACACCAAGAAGUGGAUCUUAAUUUCAUGAAAAGCCUAAAUAUGAUAAUCUCAUAUUUAGUCAAAGUCUAACUAAGGAAACAAGAUAUGCUUUAAUGUAUUUUGACAGUCUUAAUUCUAUUUUGUUUAGCAGCAAAUAGUUGAGCUAUAAGGGGGAAUGAUGCUUGGUAUAAUCACUCUUGUGAUUCAACUUUUUAAAUCUCACUGGCCAAUGCAGAAUUGGAUCAGAAUCUGUCAAACGAUGAACAAGGGCUAAUAUCAUCCUUGGAGUAAGUGAUCCUACUAAGUAACACUCCACAUAUUUCUUCUACUUUGACCAUUUCUUGUAACACUGUCUUUUGUUACUUAUUAAGGUUGCUGUGCUUCCCAAGCCUGUGGGAACGCAUAGCUAUGUUUACUACAAUAUAUGAUAUAUAUAUAG